AUGCCGGACGCGCUGACCCUCAUUAAGAACCGCACGGAGCCAAGGCUGGGACAGCUGGAGCACACGCUGCCGACAGAGGGGGGUGCGCGCCCCGCCUGGGUCAUUGGCGUCCUGGCCAGCGUGCUCAUCUUCACCACUGUGGUCGAUGUGCUGGGAAACCUGCUCGUCAUCAUCUCUGUGUUCAGGAAUCGCAAGCUCCGGAACUCCGGUAAUGUAUUUGUGGUGAGUUUGGCAUUCGCUGACCUGGUGGUGGCCUUCUAUCCGUACCCCUUGGUCCUCUACGCUCUCUUCCAUGACGGCUGGGCGCUAGGGAACACCCAGUGCAUGGUCAGUGGUUUCCUUAUGGGGCUGAGUGUCAUUGGCUCCAUCUUUAACAUCACUGGAAUCGCGGUGAACAGAUAUUGCUACAUUUGUCACUCCUUCUCCUACAGCCGCCUGUACAGCUACCGCAACACACUGCUGUUUGUGGCCUUAAUCUGGCUGCUCACCGUAGCCGCCAUAGUCCCUAACUUCUUUGUGGGGUCUUUGAAAUACGACCCCAGGGUGUAUUCUUGUACUUUUGCCCAGAAUGUAAGCAGCUCCUACACUGUGGCUGUGGUGGUGGUCCACUUCCUGGUGCCCAUUGGUGUGGUUACAUUUUGUUAUCUACGUAUCUGGGUGCUAGUAAUUCAGGUGAGGCGAAAGGUGAAGACAGAGGAGAGCCCUCGCCUUAGGCCUAGUGACAUGAGGAACUUCCUGACCAUGUUCGUGGUCUUUGUGUUGUUCGCCAUCUGUUGGGCUCCUCUGAACCUCAUCGGUUUAGCUGUGGCCAUAGACCCGGUCCGAGUGGUCCCACGGAUCCCAGAGUGGCUCUUUGUGGUCAGCUACUUCAUGGCCUACUUCAACAGCUGUCUCAAUGCAAUUAUCUAUGGCUUACUGAACAGAAAUUUCCGCAACGAGUAUAAGCGCAUUGUCACCUCGGUUUGGGUGACACGCCUCUUUGUGACCGAGACGUCCCGAGCCGCUACAGAUGGGAGGAGUAUGAAGAGUAAGCAGUCGCCCCAACCAGCACUAAACAACAACGAGUCUCUACGGGAACGCACAAACAAAGACUAAAGAUGUGUGCUUUACAUUGUGUUCAUGUUUUAUGCAUCACUUAAUAGUUGUGCGACAUGAAGAUUAUAAAAGGAGUAUGAAACUAAAAUGCAUGGUGCAGAUUUUAGUUAGUGAUAAUGGGAAUUUAAUAUAAGCUUAGAAUAUUUUAAGCAGGAAAUAUGUACUUUAAACAGAGAAACACAUCAUUGUCAUCUGUUUUAAUGAGUUAUAGGUUCAAAAAGGGUUUGCUAGUGCUCU